GAUGUGCACGCAGGAACGGGAGCCCAUCACGAGUGGCUGUGGUCUAAGUUAGGGGAUGUGGGUGGGAGUUCUGGACGUCAAAGUGUCGGUGGGAACGGGGCGGCAAGGUAUUCACCCCCCCCUUAAUUAAUUAAUUUCACCGGGGAUUUUUCCACCUUUGUUGGGGGUAACGGAAUGAGAGAGGAGCCGAGGCUUCCCCGGCAGCGCGAUGGAGCCGCGCACUGCAGUCAGCUGUGAAAGGUGACAGUGAAAUGGAAUACAGAGCGUCUCACACUCAGCUGUAAAACUUUUCCUGGUGUCGCUGUACACAGAAGUAAUAGAAUAAAACAGCAUCAAGUUGUGAAGAUUGUAAAGACAACAACAGCAUCAUGUUCUACGGUUCUUCUUCUGGGGCAAGUAUGUCCCUCCCAUCAAAGAGCCGUCUGAAACGCCAGAGCAGGACCUUCACACAGGUCUUGUACCGCACUCUGAGUUACAGAGACCGGGUCCCAGCAGAAACUGGAACAAACACCCGUGGGGACCGGCGCUCAACAACCGAGCCCCCGGAGCGGCCAACGGAUGACCCCGCUGAACUCUCCACGCAGAGCUCGGCCCCUGGGGUGCUGAAGAUUUUUGGAGAUGAAAUCUGUGCUGGUGCCAACUACAAGAGCGUCUUGGCCACGCCACGCUCCAGUGCUCAGGAACUUGUCAAAGAAGCACUUGACCGUUACUCGCUCAACAAGGAUGCGGCCCGCUCUUAUGUCCUGUGUGAUGUGAUCGGCCGAUUGGAGGGAGGAGGAGGAAUUGUCGGAGGAGGAAUUGAUGGAGGAGGAAUUGACGGAGGAGGAAUUGACGGAGGAGGAAUUGACGGAGGAGUAGGGUGGCGGACUGAAUGCUUACGAGCGCUGGGGGACAAUGAGAAGCCACUGUUGCUCCAGGAACUGUGGAAGCCCAGAGAAGGACAUGCUCGUAGGUUUGAGCUGCGCAGGAGAGCAGAGGUUGAAGAACUAAAUGCCAAGGACAAGGACACCAUCACUGCUGGGCCUAGAACCCCACAAUUUCUGGCGGCUCUAAUGGGUCGGUCCGGGCUGGGCAAACACAGGAGUUCCCCUCUGCGGUCUGGUGGAGUGGUACAGUCCAGCUCUAAAGAUAUUAAUGCCCAGGCUCGUAAGCUCCAGAGGAACAGGGCAAAAGGGACAUUGACCUUGCCCCGCUCAAGCAACUCAUCCUUCUGCCGCAGCCUCAGCGAAACCAGCCUCAACCAGCUUGGAGUGGGGGAGGACCCCAAGCGUUAUUACUCCACCCUGCCAGGACCAAUAAGGGCCAGAGAACGCGAGGGAGCCUCCAGUGGUCGGAUGAAAGAGGAGGGGAGUCAGGGAGGUGGAGGAGUGAGGCAUUCUCUAUACCAGUCCCCACAUCUUCUGCUGCUGCAAGGAUACAAUCGGCAGGACUGCCUGGUUUACCUGCUCAACAGAGAGCAGCACACAGUUGGUCAAGAGACUCCUUCAGCUCGCCCCAACAUCUGCCUCUUUUCUCCUGACAUUGUGCCCCUACAUUGCCGCUUGCGCCGAGUUCCUGCUCCCCGCCGCCAUGCCAGCAACAUCAACAAGGGAGAAGACUCAGAGAAUCAGCGAUCCUGUGUUGCUGUUGAGCCUGUACUCAAUGCGACGGUUCUGGUGAACUUCUCCCGCUGUGAGCGCUCCACCACGCUGCGUCACGGUGACCUCCUGUCUUUUGGAGCGCAUUACAUCUUUCUGUACAAGGACCCCACAGGCGCCAAACCUCUGCCUGCUCAAACCUUGGCACGCCUUCGCUCGCUUGGGCAGCUGUACGACACAGGUGUGGAUGAAGGAGAGGGCGGGGCUCAGACUUGUAAAAUGUGCGGCUCAGUGCUGAAGGACAGAGCCGCACAUGUGUCAAGUGUCCCGGCAUCUAGACGCAGUUUCAAACCUCACCUGCUUAAAACUCGCAAUAUAGCCCAGACGUCAGGAGGGCCUCCUCCUGUUUCUGGAGGCGAAGUAGGAGGAAGAGGAGGCGGAGGAGGUCAAAAAAGGAGACUACAGCUGGAGUUUGACCAGACUCAUGAGGACCAGCUGUUGAACAGAAUCGUGUCUCUCAUCGAACCUGGAGGAGAUGACCAUAAGCUGACACCAGCCUACCUGCUGUGUAUGUGCAUACAACACUCUGCCUCAACCUUCCCUCCAGGGAGUUUUGGAAAACUGCUGCUGAAGAUUGUUCGACGAAUCCAAACCAUUUCAUGGGAGAAGACAAAGGAGCUGGCUCAGAAACAAGCUCAGCAUCAAGACCCUGCCUCCUUGUCUCUACUAAGCAUCUCAGACUUGAUCCCAGACCUGCAGACCAUCUUCUUUUGGAUGUCCAACUCCAUCGAGAUCCUUUACUUUAUUCAGCAAAGAGCGCCUGCUUACACACACACCAUAGAGACGCUACAAGGGUCAAAGGAGUCGUUGCUAUCGGCGACCAUAUCAGCCAAUGAAGAGGCUAUGACCAUCUUGGAAGAAGUGAUCAUGUACACUUUUCAGCAAUGUGUCUACUAUAUCACCAAGUCUCUUUAUGUAGUGUUGCCAGGUUUGUUAGACUGUAAUCCAUUCCCAGUCGACAGCUCUGAGCCCUGCUGGAAUGGAGGUGUCGGGUUUCCUGAACCUGUACGAAGGGUCCUGCAGGUGCUUCAGAGUGCACAGGAGCUUUUGCAAGGUUACCAGGUCCACCCCGAGAUCCAGGCUCAGAUGUUUGCUUACCUCUUCUUCUUUUCUAAUGUGUCACUGUUUAACCAGUUAAUGGAGAAAGGUCCUGCUCGGGGUUGGUUCCAGCGUUCCAAGGCACUGCAGAUUCAGGCUUGUUUGCAGAUGGUUAUGGAGUGGGCAAACAGGCUGGGUUUGGGACAUCUGGCAGAAAAAUUCUUCACCAAACUCAACAGUGCCGUGUCCAUAGUAGCCACACCCCCACAGCAGCUCACACAGUUGAGUUGGCGAGCACUGACCAGUGAACAUCCGACUCUGAAACCGGUCCAACUCCACAGGAUUCUCACCCAGUACCAGCUCACGGGGGAGGUAGGCCCUGUCCCUUUAUGGCAACCCAGCAGUGAGGACGAGCCGUAUAUAUAUAGAUCAGUUGACCUGCUGGAGAGCUUUGAGAACCAUCCACCCAUUGUGCUGCCCAGUUCCGGUUUCAGAGUGGAUCUGGACAGCGAGUGUGUAGAAGACAGCAUCUACAGACAGCUGCUCUAUGUCCGCCACUACCUGUGGGGGCUACGCACCAAGACACAAACUCACAACAACCCUCCCAGUGUCCACACACAGUCAAACGGAACCAACACAGCUGACUGGCCGGACGUUCAGAGGGAAUUGUUACCUCAAUCCCACAGCAGUCCCCGUUCCGGGGGUGCCGGGGAUGAGGUGACAGCAGAGAAGGCAGAAGAGAGGGGCCGGGACAGACCCUCGGGUCAAUCACACACACACAGCCUCAGAAGGAAUGGCACCAUGCAUCAUCCUCGAACAGCAAAUCCAGACCCAUCCUGCGUCCUGACACCAGCCAACAACCCCCUGUACCCAGAGGGUGGAGGGGGUGGAGGAGGGGGCCCUGGGCCAGGCAAGGGCAACAGCAUUCAGGCUAACGGCUGCUCCAGCAGAAGUGCAGCAGAAUGUAAAAAGACCAAUGGACUCAUCACCAACGGACUUGAGGGCUGUAUUAGUGGGUGUGAGUUCCCUUUCCCUGUGUCCUCCCCUGGCGUCCCUUCUCCUGCUGAUGAGUUGUGUAUGGUGUUUGUAGUGGAACUGGACAAGGGACCCUACGGACUGGGCAUGGGACUCAUUGACGGAUUGCAUACCCCUCUUAAUGCUCCGGGUAUUUACAUCCGGACUCUGAUCCCUGACGGGCCAGCGGCUUCAGACGGCAGACUGAGGAUUGGAGACCGCAUCCUGGCUGUGAAUGGGACCAGUCUGAUUGGAGCAGACUACCAGAGCGCGGUCGAUCUGAUUCGUCUGGGAGGGGGUCGACUGCGUUUCCUGGUAGCCAAGUCAGACCCAGAGGUCUCAGAGAAGAUCAGUGCCUCCUCCUGCUGACCACUUCCACUGCCCAGCUCAGACACGCACAAAGCACCACACAGAGAGAGAAGAUGGAAAGGGAUACGGAUGUGUGCUCUGUUGAAGAGGGAACACGCAGUCAUAUGGACCAACCCAAUGUGAAUAAGAAAAACAAAACAUGAAUGUGAAAUCUAAAACAGCACAAAGCCAGGCUUUCAAAAGAGAUAUGGCGCUUCAUAUAUUCCACUCUACGUGCUUCCCUCGUGUCCACUCCAACUGGGUUUGUGUAACAGGCACGAUCUGAAACCAGCUGCAACGUCAAAGGAAUCCACACUGAGGAAAGUUGCCUAAUUAAUCAGCGAUUACGCUCGAACCAGCUUGUAUGCAGUCUGACGUUGUCAAAAGCACAGUAGAUCCUCAGUCAGCUCAUGGAGCACGUGGGGGUUAUUUCACUUAUUUUAGAAACAAUUCUAAAACAUUUGAGAAAUUCCAGAUGUAAACAGCAUGGUGAAGAAUUACCGAGCUCUACGUCUAACGUUUUAAAGAUUAGCUGGAUGUCUCGCGCAGUACUUUUAGAGUGGAACAUUUUAUAAACCCAUUUGUUAAUGACUCCUAAAAUGGACACCAUGUUACUCCUUAAAUCAAACUUUUGUGAUUGAAAGUCGACUUUUUUACGGGGUAGUGAAAGAAAAAGACGAAGGAAACAAACUCCAUAUUACCCAUUUUAACAUCCUCACUAACUUUGCUGACGAGGAUGAAUCCUUAUGAUGUGGGAAAUCAUUAGUUACCACAUCCCAGAGACAUGAUGCUUCACUGUAGUUUAAGAUGUCCUGGGGAUGAUUAACAACAGUGUAAAUAGGUGUUUGUAAAAAUGUACCUGUCAAAAGAGGAACUGAUUUGGAGGAAACUUGUUUGUUCUGUUUUUCCUGAAAUUAAGUCAGAAACGAUUAAAAGUCCGUGAUAAAGCAUAUACUGGAAUGAGAGAUGUCUAGUUGUGGGUCGUAUACCUUUUCUUAAAUUAUGUAUUUAUUUAAAGUUCUACAAUUCUGGGUUUUGCAGUGAGUUAUAGAGCCUAAGUUUCACGUGUUGCUUUAAACCGUCAUCAGCAGUUAUGCAGACUGUAUUCACCCAGUUUUCAGAUAUUUUAUUUCUACCUUCAAUGAAGUCCAAAGAUUUUGAGUGGAAUUUUAUAGCGUUAUAAAAAAUAUUUUAACUUAAACCAGCCAGCAACUUUGGACAAACCAUCUCAGUUUCUCAGGAUAGGGCACUAACCUUACACUUUCCUAGAGGACAACUUAUCACCAUAAUCAAUUUGAAAUGGGCCAGGUGGCAGACGUCGCCUUCCAUCAUAAAACAAACCACCCAGACCAACUGAGUGGAGCCAUAUCAGAAAAUUAAACUUGCCAAAAAGAGUUGAGUAAAGGUCUUUGGUGUCUUUGCUUGUCCAAAGAAUUAUUAGAAUACGCUCCAGUUCUGUUUCACUAACCUUUCAAGGAGAAAACAUUGUUGACUACCUGGCCACAGCUGGAAAUAUAGGACACAUCUGUUUUUACACCCACUGCCACAGCCAGAGCAUCUGGGAAGAGAAAUCUCUUCAGAUUUUCUGAGAAGUUAACCGUUUUGCUAACAAUUAAGUCCAGUUCUCAAAUCUGUAAGCACAAAAUUUACGCUUGCUUUUUAUGCGUUUGGAUAGAAUCCGAAAUAUAUCAGUUCGGCAAAUAAAAUCUUAUCUCCAUAGCUGACCCCCACUCUGUAAGAGGUCAAAGGUGAGAAGUUUUGAAAUGCCACCUUUUCAAAAACGGUUUUCUUUGAAUCCUGGUCCACCACCCAACAGCCAGGAUUCGUCUACACCAACCCGGCAAAACAUCAACACGUAAUGUUUCGUUGCUGUGAAAUGAGUUAUUAAUAUGCCAGUUAUUCAUUCAAGUAUAUAAACUAUCUGUUGAGUCUGAUAAAGAGGACAAGAGGUUCUGCUGAAAAGGACAGAGAAAUCUACUCAAUCCUUGGAUCUGAGAAGGUGGAACCAACAAAUAUUUGCCAAUUUUACUUUAAAUGACUUAAACCGAGAUUAAAUGAGUGCUUCCUGUUUAACUUUUAAACACAGAUUUUUCUUUGCAGUAACAUCUCACUUUGUGUUAAGUUUGUACGACACUGCUCAUGCAUGUCUGCUCUGGUCAUUAUUUUUACUGUUCACAAUAAUGGUACUUAAGAA